AAAUAGACCGCUAGAUGUCCCACUACCAGUAAUUUACCUCCUGACGUGUUCAGUAAGCAGGCUCGUUCUGGUAGUAGUCUACCAUAACAGAAAUCAUGGCUGAUGUGGCCUGCGUGGCCAAAUGCGAGGACCUCAUAGAAGCACUUCAGAACUUUGUUCAAGAAGCAAGGGCGCUGCUAGAAGAUGCUGAAAAAGACAUUGCUCAAGGUUCCCUGCAGGAUUUCGCUGCAAACAAACUACGCUCGAUGUUUGGUGUGAUGGCUGCAGGUGCUGCCUUCUAUAACAGAUUGUCUGUAAAGAAGAGAAGUGAAGCGGAAGAUCUGUGGAAACCAAUAUAUCAGAACGCAGGUGUGCGGGAUGCCGUGGAAGACCUUUUAAAGUUGGAGGUUGAGUGGGAUGCCUUUCUGGAGCGCCUGGAUGCUGGGUUGCAGAUGAGUGGUAAACUCCUGGCAACCACACAUCCAGCAGAGGCACUGAGGGCAGACAUGAACUUAACAGACGCCAGGACUGGAGAAGAAGUGACCCUGGGUCGUUACUACGGCAACUCUGAAAGUCUACUGCUGGUGUUGAUCCGGCACCUCGGAUGACUACCGUGACGAGACCACGUGGCUGAGCUCGAGGGUCAAAAGAGCCUUCUUGAAGCUCGGUCUGUGAGGGUGGUGGUGGUGUCGUAUGGGUGUUUGGAGGGGGCCCAGCUUUGGCUUCAGCAGACGGGCUGCACAUUUGACAUGGUGCUGGAUGCUCAAAGACAGGUUUACAAAGCCUUUGGUUUGGGAAGCUCAUAUGCGAAAGUGAUGAAAUUUGACUGCAUGCUCCAGUACUCGGGGUUUGUUGCAUGCCAGCGAGCAUUUCCUGAUGUCCCCCCAAAGUUCAUCGAAGAUGUCUAUCAGCUGGGUGGAGACUAUGUGCUGGACGAAGGUGGCAAAGUCAUCUUCUCCCACCCCAGCACAAGGCCAACUGAUAGGCCGAAGCUGGAAGAUUUACUGGCACGGAUCUCCUAAGCAGCCUUGGAAGGAUCCUCUGAUGGGUGGAUAUGGUCUCUACAGAGGACAGUCUGGCCAGCCUUGUGUAUAUGACGGCACAGCCCGACCUCAUACAACAUGAAGGGUUUUGUCUGAUGUGAGUAAACAAGGUGGAUCAGACGUGUCCUCUCUUAGACACCAUACCUGACAUCGUACAUCAACAUGAUUUUUGGCACAUUUAUUUCUGUUCUACUACUAAUACUGUACCAUUAAUGCACGCUGAAUUACGCUAAAUUCACGCUAAACUACAUUAACUAUGUUUUAACUGAGGCCAGAACUGUGAAUCAAUGUUGCAAAUUAUAGUUUACACAGAUACUUGAAAUGCUUUUUAAAACUUAUCAAAAAUCUUUAUUGUGAUUUUGCAAUCUCACUCAACAGCUCCAUGUUUCUUUGUCAAGUCAUCAUACAUAAUCUGAUAUAAUCCAUUUUGCUAUCAUAUUAACUUAAAUAUAAAAAACGUAGACAUACAAUCAUUCUGCUUCUGCAAAGAUAAUGUUUAAAAGACUGAAUCAUUAAUUCCACUCUAACAUGCCUUUUUUCUGUGCAUAACUCAUAAUAAAUAUGAUUUUUGAAAAAAA